CCGUGUCGCUGCAGUGUUGCGCUUUCCUGUUUACGGGCGGGAAGAGCGAACGUAGCUGACAGUGGAAGCUACUGUGUUUAAAUCGGCAGCACAUUUGUUUUAAUUCUCCUUGAUGCUGAUGGCUCGCACGUUUUAAUGAUACACGGGGCACUGCGAGGACUAGUGGAUACGUUUUAAGUGCACCGUUGCUGAAAACUAAAGGGAUUUUUUGGAGAGUGCGGGGCAGAUGGAGGAUCCUCCUGCAGAUUCUGGCGGCGGUGGCGGCGGUGCAGCAGCGGAGGGCCCCGCGGUGCAGGUGGCAGAUAUGCGCUGGCCGACCGGAGCUCUCCCUCUACGGCUUCUAGAGUGGAGAGUUAAACCCGGGACUCUUGUUAACGUGGACUCUGUGUUAGCACUGUGUGCACCCAUACCUCAGGAGAAAGGGGCAGAAGCUGCCCGGCUGCCAGAGAGGAAGGUGAAAUCGGACCGAGCUGGAGUAGUCAAGGAGCUAUGCUGUCAACUUGGACAAGUCAUACCUCCCGGGGGUGUGAUCGUCAGAAUAGAAGAAUGCAGCCAUCCAGUAGUAAUGAAGGGUUUAUGUGCUGAAUGUGGCCAAGACUUGACUCAGCUGCAGGGCACAAAUGGGAACCAGCAAACUCCCAUCUCCACAGCAACAGUCUCCAUGGUGCACAGUGUCCCCGAACUGAUGGUCAGCUCAGAGCAAGCAGAACAGCUGGGCAGAGAGGACCAGCAGAGACUUCACCGGAACAAAAAGCUGGUCCUGAUGGUGGAUCUGGACCAGACACUGAUCCACACCACUGAACAGCACUGCCAGCGUAUGUCCAAUAAGGGCAUUUUCCACUUCCAGCUCGGGCGAGGAGAGCCUAUGCUCCACACACGACUACGCCCACACUGCAAGGAAUUCCUGGAGAAAAUUGCCAAACUCUAUGAGUUACAUGUCUUCACAUUCGGGAGCCGCCUUUAUGCACACACAAUUGCUGGCUUUCUGGAUCCUGAAAAGAAGCUUUUCUCUCAUCGGAUCCUUUCAAGAGAUGAAUGCAUCGAUCCUUACUCCAAGACGGGGAAUCUUAGGAACCUCUUCCCCUGUGGUGACUCGAUGGUCUGCAUAAUCGAUGACCGGGAGGAUGUGUGGAAGUUUGCGCCCAACCUCAUCACUGUGAAGAAAUACAUCUACUUCCAGGGUACAGGGGACAUCAACGCUCCCCCUGGAUCACGGGAAGCUCAGAUGGCAAAGAAAGCAGGAGGCCCGUCAAGUCGAUCAGCAGACAGCACAGAACCAGUAGGGACGCUUGGUGCCGAUGAGCAAAACAAUGGCCCAAGGAAAAGGGUGAAAGACCUCAACAUUUCCGGAAAGGAAGAGUCCACAGCAUCUCAGUCUUCUCAGGGAGUACCAACAAAUGAACGGACACAUCCCACUGGGGUUGUUGAGGAUGAAUCAGGACAAGGUAAAGGGUCAGAGACUGAGGCCCAGUCUGGGACGGGGUCGAGGGAAGCUCAGGUGGAUGACAGAACAAACGUUAAGGAAGAUGACAGCAACAGGACAGUGGUGACACGAGAGACACAGGACAGUGCAAACUCAUCAGCACCGAGCCAUGAGUCCAAUAACUUGGAUUUUGACCUUUCGAGUGACAGUGAUAAUGACUCCAUUACAGAAAAGCCUCCCUCAUCAGAGAGUGAUAGUGAAGGCAAGUCUUGCCUGGCAAAGAAAUCUGGGCAGGAAGGAGUCACGCAAGAGCCUGGUGAUGGUAAUGGGUCGAAAGAAGGGGACAGCAAAGGUCGGAGUGAAGGAGAAACCAUCACUGACGCAGCAGAACCCUCAGGAGUUCUUCUCCCAGACCCCGAGCUGGGAAAUGGAUGCUCAGAUAGGAGAGAGCCAGAAACAGAGUCCCAGAAUAGUGAACAGUCUGGGGUCACCAUGGGGGAGGAGCUGCUGGACCAGAGUAUGGAGGAUGAGGAGGAGGAGGAAGAAGAAGCUGAUAACGACCAGGACGAUCACCUGAUCUACCUGGAGGAAGUGCUGGAAAGGAUCCACGCAGAGUUCUACGCACGUUACGAGGCCUACCUGAGAAAAGAGGCCUCCGAAACACCGGACAUCCGUAAGAUUGUCCCAGAGCUGAAAAGCAAGACACUGGAGGGCACGAUGAUAGUGUUCAGCGGCCUGUACCCGACCAACUACCCCAUGGAGAGGACCCGUGAGUACUACCAUGCCAAAGCACUGGGGGCCAAGAUUGGCAAGACUCUGUUUCUCAGUUCCCAAGAUCCAAGUCGGACAACGCAUCUCAUCGCAGCAAGAGCUGGCACCGAGAAGGUUCGUCAGGCACAAGGCUGCAAGCACCUCCACAUUGUCAACCCCGACUGGCUGUGGAGCUGUCUGGAGCGCUGGGAGAGAGUGGAGGAGCAGCUUUACCCACUAAAGGAGGAUUAUUCCAAGACCCCAAGGAGCAACAGUCCUGCAGCGUUCCUUGACAAUCUGGGCUCUCUGCAGAAGCCAAUGUUCCACACAGCUGCCAUCCACCACAGACCUGCGCCGCCAGCCCCUGAGGUUCGGACCUACGACCCCGUCACAGGGAAGCUGAUCCGCAGGGGCCCUCAGGUGUCACGGCCACCCCCCUACCUCCAGGCUUCAGGGUCCUUGUUGCUCUCUGAUCAAAGAGAGCAGUCUUGUCUCAGGGGAACUUCAAAGUGUCAGCAAGAUGACGCGGCAGGGUCCAGCCAAGACGACGAGCAGCCAGGGCCGUCUCGUCGGAAACGACAGCCGAGCAUGUCGGAAAGUAUGCCUCUGUACACAUUGUGCAAGGAGGAUCUAGAGAGCAUGGACAAAGAGGUGGACGACAUCUUAGGUGAGGAGAGCGAUAACGAAAGUGAGGGCCGAGGAAAAGAGAAGCCAGGUAAUGAGGAGGUGGAGGAUGAAGAGGAGGAGAGGCGGCAGCGGCAGCAGCAGCAGCAGCAGCAGCCAGGAGCUGGACGGAUAGCGGGAGGAGAGCCUGGUCCUCAGGCGCCGGGCGUGGAGGAGAGGAUCCAGACGCCAUCCAAUGAGACCAGUCUGCCCAGUAGUGUGCCAAGGGGCCACAAACGCAAGCUUGAUGAAGCCAAGGAGGAGGAGGAGGACGAGAAGAAAGAGGAGGCGGAAGAAUCUGCUGACGAGUCUUCUAAAGACUCCAACGAGGAAGAAGGCGGCAGCAGCUCAGAGGCGGAUGAGAUGGCCGCAGCCCUCGAGGCAGAGCUCAAUGACUUUAUGUGACGUGGAAGAUGAAGGGACUUAGUCACAGGAAAAGGACACAAAAAAAGAUCUGCCCUGGUCGCCCCUACAAGUGGUACCUAAAAAUCCUAUUUUUUUGCUUCGGAAUCAGUGUGUACUUAGGAUGUAUGAGCCAUGAGUGUGUGCUGUAAUGAAAAUGAAUGUCCUGUACAGAAAUGACUUGCUGUGUAAAUAAAGGCUUAGAUUUUUUUGUAGCAUUGAUAUAUGGCCUUUUUGGCAUAAAACUCUUUGAUGUUAACAUUUUAUUGUAAGAUAUCAGACCAUAGGAGACAUGAAAUUUGAUACUUUUUUUGUUUUACUUUUUUCUAUUUCAAUUUUUAUAUUGAUGAGAAAAAGAUAAAUGAAAUUAUAAACCAUACAUUUUGCUGGUCGUACAUGCCAAAGAGUUUGGAAUAGGUUUGCCAAGGCCUGCAGCUAAAUAUUUUACUCUGGACUUCCAGUUUUACUUUUCUUUUGGCCUCAACAGUUUUUUAGGGUCAUAAAUGCAACCAGCGGAUCUAGACGUUUGAAUGUGUUUACUUGAGUCAUUUCUUCCUCCUCAUGAUGUUUGUACUUUUGAUAACAUAAUAGUAAAGUAAGCCUCUCAGUCUUUGUGAUAACCAGCCUCUUGGUGCACUAUCACCGUGAACUGAAUCCCACUGAACUCCCAGUUUAUGUUGGUUUCCAUGUGAAUUAUUCAAGUGUUCGCUCACCUUUCCCAUUUCAACCCACCUCUACAAUUGAUAUUGUUCAGUUCAGGACAGACACUCACACUCGGCCUCUGCUUGUUUACACUGGAGUUUAUACCUUGUGAAGUCCUGUUGCCUCAAAGGGUAGGUUCACUCAGAGUACCAAAAAAAAAAAAAUCCUUUAGUGUUAUGUAACUAUGCAGAUAUAUGCCCGGGUUUUGAGGUAUAAAUCUCUACCUCUACCCUAGUACAAGGCCCCAGGGCAUUCAUAUGGUAAAAAAAAAAAAUUAAAUAUAUAUAUAUAUCGAUAUGGAAAUCUGUGGAACCGAAACUAAACUAAGCAAACGUUUUGGGGAUUUAUUUUUGAGAAAUUUUUUCAAUCAUUUUUUUUUCCCAGCCUUGAUUCUUCCUGAGAAAUACAUUUAAAUAAUACUAAAGUGGUGUCCCAAUUACUUUGUGCUGACAAACAUAAUCGCUACCCAGAUAAUGUUCAUGUGUUUUUGAGUAAAUCAAGCACUCCAUUUAUCUUUUACACAUCCGGAGUCCAGUCCGUGGUUAGGGUUUAGGCAACAAUAACACUUAAGACAGUGGUUUCAGUUCAAUGUUAAUGAAUGGACUGUGUCUCGUGUUUCAAGCCAUUUUGCAGGCUUUUUUUUUGGGGGGGGGGGAUUGUUGGGGCUUAAAAUGCUUGAUUUCAAGGCAGUGUAAACAGAAAAGCAGCAUUCAUAUAUUUAUGGUAGCCGGAUGAUGUUGCAUCAAUGCAAACGCCAGAUUCAGCAUUUUUGUCAGGGCCUUCUGUGUAAGGAUUUCCAGGCAAAUAUUUUUUCUAUGACCUGACCUCCAGUGGUCUCCGUAUGAAUCUGUUAGUGGUGCUCACAGCAUUAAAAAGCUCUAUUUAAAAGUGUCAAUAGUGAAAACCUUUGACAGUGAGUUAACAAGGGUAGUGCAGAGUAACAAGGACAUUGGUUCUGGAGACUUUGGAUUGCUUUUAAAAAUCUUUUUAAUAAUGGGAACACCAGGAAGAAGCUUCCCUUCUGUUGUAUUGGGACAGAAAUAUCUCCAUGUUAGAUACCAGAGAUAAAAUAUGUUUUGGUCAUUUGAGAGAACAGACCCUUUAAACCUGCAUGAGGCAAGAUGCUUAUACGCUAUAAAAAUUAAAUAUCUUUACUUUCUUUAGAGGAUUCACAAGCAUCUCAUCCAUUUAAUGUUCAUUGGUUGAAACCAGCCUGGGUGACAUAUAUAACCUUGCUGCGUGCACUUUACUAACAUCACACAUUACAGGAUUUCUGUGCAUUCAAUAUCCAACACUUCCAUCUCACUGUCUUUUGGAACCACCAUCAAGCAAAGUUGCCUAGUGCUUGUACCAAGGUUGCUUACAUUCAGUGCUAAUGUUUGCCGUCUGUCACCCACAAGAGUUCUGCAAGUGCAAGAUCUUCCUUCUCCUGUAUUUAGGCUAUAGAAAAAAAUGACUGUCCUAAGGCAGGAGAGCAGGUGCCUGUUUGAAUCUCUGCCCAUUAAAUGAUUUACCUUCACAACUACAGUAAACACAAUAUCAACAUGUUACAGUGACAGUCAUCCUGUUUGGGUUUGUUUGUCUGUGGUGGUUUUAUCAUGAGUUUCAAUCAAACAACUGACAUGUAAAGUAUUUGUAAAGUCUAUUUCCUACUUGACCCUGAGACAAAAGAUACUUUCAUGAAAUACAUUUUUUUCCAAGUAACACAA